AUGGCAGGACUGCCAGUUCCAACUGUUGAUUACUUCAUUAAACCGGAAUCAAGGGUACCGUCACUUGACGCAUCAGAGUGGCCUUUAUUACUAAAGAACUUUGACAGAUUGCAUGUGAGAACGGCACAUUAUACGCCUAUCCCUCAAGGAUGCUCGCCACUGAAACGGAGUCUAAGCGAAUAUAUAAGAUAUGGAAUAAUAAAUCUUGAUAAACCAGCCAACCCAUCAUCACAUGAAGUAGUAGCAUGGAUACGUAGAAUUCUUCGAGUAGAAAAGACUGGUCAUAGUGGGACACUCGAUCCAAAGGUUACUGGUUGUUUGAUAGUAUGUAUUGAUCGUGCUACGAGACUGGUCAAAUCACAGCAAGGAGCAGGCAAAGAAUACGUCUGUGUUGUCAGGUUACAUAAUGCGAUUGAAUCCGCAAAAAAACUUUCCCAAACUCUCGAAACCCUAACCGGUGCACUUUUCCAACGACCUCCACUGAUUUCCGCCGUGAAACGGCAACUACGCAUUCGUACAAUUCAUGAAGCAAAGCUCAUAGAAUUUGAUUCUGAUCGUAAUCUCGGCGUUUUCUGGGUUUCUUGUGAAGCUGGAACGUACAUCCGUACGUUAUGUGUGCAUUUGGGAUUGUUGUUGGGUGUUGGUGGACAUAUGGAGGAAUUGAGGAGAGUGAGAAGUGGAUCCAUGAGUGAAGAGGAAUACUUGGUGACAAUGCAUGAUGUUUUGGAUGCACAAUGGUUAUAUGAUCAGACACGCGAUGAAUCCUAUCUUCGCAGAGUCAUACGACCUCUAGAGACUUUAUUAUCAACGUAUAAGAGAAUUGUGGUGAAAGAUAGUGCAGUAAAUGCAAUAUGUUAUGGGGCUAAACUCAUGAUACCGGGUUUACUCAGAUAUGAGUCUGGCAUUGAAGUUAAUGAAGAAGUUGUAUUGAUGUCUACGAAAGGAGAAGCAAUAGCGUUAGGAAUUGCACUAAUGACAACGGCUGUUAUGGCCACUUGUGAUCACGGCGUAGUGGCAAAAAUAAAACGUGUAAUUAUGGAACGGGACACUUAUCCUCGCCGCUGGGGUUUGGGUCCGAAAGCCCAGCAAAAAAAGCAGCUUAUCAAGGAUGGUCGAUUAGACAAAUACGGACGCGUUACUGAAAAAACACCUUUACAGUGGAAAGAGAACUACGUUGACUACCAACGAACAGACCAGUCUUCUACAAGUGCUUCAAUGGAAGGUGUUGUAUCUACAAGUUUGGAUGUGAGUGUAAAGGAGGUGGCUCAUGGAGUCAUGGACAUGAACAUUGAACACGUCGCUCCUUUGAAGGUAAUGACCGCGUGCGAAGAAUGA